UCCAAUAUGGCACCUUCCAUGGAAGAGCAAAUUGAGAGUGUCACCUCUUAUAAUUUGCGGCCUUUAGUCCUCCAUGGAUAUAUAUUCCCGUUUGUAUUCAUAUACAUCGCUUGGUUGUACCUGUUAGUGAUUGUCUAUGGUGUCAAUGAUUACUUGGAAGCGGGAUUGAUUGUUUUAGCAGCCAUAGGAUGUGUCCAAAUUUUGGUCUGCUUGUUCUGCCAUUGGUCAAUACACGUGAGAUGUUCACUCACUUGCAGGAAGGAAUCCAAUCCCUUUGACGCAGACUGGGUAAAGGUUGUCCCUACAGCCAACAAUGGCUAUCCGGAACUGGUCCAGCUCCACACGGAGAUUAUCCCAAGUACAGAGAAGCGAAAUCUGUGGUUCAUGUUCCAAAAGGCCAAGUACGUCUACGAUGCGGAGGAGAAGAAGCGGUUCCAGGCGGUGGAGUUCCCGGUCAGCCACGCCCUGAAGACGUACCAGUCGUGGAAGGGAUACCAGGAUGACAGCGAGGUUGCCGAGACGAAGAAGAAGUUUGGAGACAAUCAGGUGGCAAUGGACCCUCCAGAGUUCAAAGAACUUUUCUUGGAGAGAGCCACAGCACCUUUCUUUGUAUUUCAAGUUUUCUGUGUGGCCCUCUGGUGCCUUGAUGAAUAUUGGUAUUACAGUGUCUUCACGUUGUUCAUGCUGGUGACCUUUGAGGCAACUCUGGUUCAUCAACAGCUCCGCAACCUGACAGAAAUCAGGAAAAUGGGAAACAAGCCUUACAUGAUACAGGUGUAUCGUAACCGCAAGUGGCGCCCCAUCUUCAGCAGUGACCUGGUCCCAGGGGACAUCUGCUCCAUCACCCGGUCUCAGAACGACAACCCUGUCCCUUGCGACCUUCUUCUUCUCAGGGGUCCCUGCAUCGUGGACGAGUCCAUGUUGACUGGAGAGUCUGUCCCACAAAUGAAGGAGCCAGUAGAGGGUCUAGAAGGGGAUCACAUCCUGGACCUUCAGUUUGACACCAAGCUCCACGUUCUAUCAGGAGGUACAAAGGUCGUACAGCACACCCCUCCCAACAAAUCAGGUCCAGGACUCAAAGCUACUGAUAAUGGCUGCAUAGCAUACGUAUUGAGAACUGGCUUUAACACCUCACAAGGUAAAUUGCUGAGCACCAUCCUGUAUGGAGUGAAGCGGGUGACGGCCAAUAAUCUAGAAACAUUCCUCUUCAUCCUCUUCCUUCUCAUCUUCGCCAUUGCUGCUGCUUCAUACGUCUGGAUAGAAGGCACCAAGGAUCCCGAUCGUAACAAGUACAAGCUCUUCCUGGAGUGCACCCUGAUCCUCACUUCUGUCGUACCCCCGGAGCUCCCCAUUGAGCUCUCCCUGGCCGUCAACUCAUCGCUUCUGGCACUCACAAGACUAGGUGUGUACUGCACAGAGCCGUUCCGUAUCCCGUUUGCCGGCAAGGUCGAUAUCUGUUGCUUUGACAAGACUGGAACACUGACCAGUGAUAACCUGGUGGUAGAGGGCGUCGCGGGUCUCCCGGGUAAAGAGAAGCUCUGUUCCAUUACCGACGUACCCCUGGACACUGCCCAGGUGCUUGCUACCUGUCACUCUCUGGCCAAGCUGGACGACACCCUGGUGGGCGAUCCACUGGAGAAGGCCACACUGACCGCUGUGGACUGGACACUGACCAAAGGUGACGUCGUGAUCCCCAAUCGCAUCCAGAGUCGGCCGCUGAAGAUUGUCCAGCGGUUUCACUUCUCUAGUGCCCUCAAGAGGAUGGCGGUCAUCGCGUCCCUCCAGACCCCCGACUGGGAAGGCUCGGUGGACUGCACCUAUCUGGCCUCGGUCAAGGGGGCACCAGAGACCCUUCGAGCCAUGUUCACCGUUGUGCCUGAUAACUAUGACGAGGUUCACUCUCAGAUGUCCAGACAAGGUGCCAGGGUUCUUGCCCUAGGACACAGGAAGCUUGGACACAUGACUUCACAACAGCUGCGUGACUUGUCUCGUGAUGACGUCGAAAAAGACCUCAGUUUCGUUGGUUUUGUCAUCAUUUCCUGUCCUCUAAAAUUUGAUUCGAAAGCAGCCAUCAAAGAGAUCCAGCAUGCAUCUCACUAUACAACCAUGAUUACCGGUGACAACCCUCUGACUGCCUGUCAUGUCGCCAAGGAACUUCACUUCACCAAGAAACCACACACCCUCAUCCUCAAGCCACCCGUUGAAAAUGAAUCUGAUGAAUGGCAUUGGCAGUCUAUCGACGACACCGUGACGUAUCCCAUGAUCCCCUCUCGGGAGGAAGAGCGCCUCCUAUUGGCCAAAGAUCUCUGUCUCACCGGAGAGGCCAUCACCCAUCUACAAACCACCAAUUUACCUUUUCUGAACAGAAUCUUACCCAAAGUAAAAGUGUUCGCUCGAGUAGCACCAAAACAAAAGGAGUAUGUGAUUACCACAUUGAAAAGUCUUGGAUAUACGACUCUUAUGUGCGGAGACGGUACCAAUGACGUGGGAGCUCUAAAGCAUGCACAUGUUGGUGUUGCUCUUCUUUCAAAUGUUCCCGAGAGGUUUUUACGAGAUAAGAAAAGGCCCAAAGAAGAGACAGGGGAGACCAGUGGGGAGAACAAACAACUCAAGAAUUCUUCUGGCCCAGAGAGGAUACCCUCCGCCCCCCAUCACAGCGGGGGCCGGCAUGGGGGCGGAGGGGGGCGAGCAGCCAGGCAGAGGGCCUUCGCUAAGGGAGAAGACCUCACUAGGAAAAAGUUGAAUACCAUGAUGAAGGAGAUAGAGGAGCAGGAUCAAGCUCAAGUAGUCAAGUUAGGAGAUGCAAGUAUAGCAUCACCUUUCACCUCUAAGCUAUCAUCAGUGCAAUGUGUAUGUCACAUCAUUAAGCAAGGCCGCUGUACGUUGGUCACCACUCUUCAAAUGUUCAAGAUUCUAGCGCUCAACGCCCUCAUCCUAGCGUACAGUCAGAGCGUCCUCUAUCUGGACGGCAUCAAGUUCAGCGACGCCCAGGCCACGCUGCAAGGCCUCCUAUUGGCUGGUUGUUUCCUCUUUAUAUCUAGGUCAAAGCCAUUGAAGGUUUUAUCAAGGAGUCGCCCUCUACCAAACAUCUUCAAUGUGUAUACCGUCCUGACGGUCAUUUCUCAGUUUGCUGUCCAUUUUAUGGUCAUGAUGUACCUCGUACGGGAGGCAAAAGAAAGGUCGCCUCCCAGGGAGUCAGAGUUUCCCGAUCUAGAGAAGAAGUUUGAACCCAACCUGGUCAACAGCACAGUAUAUAUUCUCUCUAUGAUGCUACAGAUAAGCACAUUUGCCGUAAACUACAAGGGUCAUCCAUUCAUGGAGUCGUUGAGGGACAACAAGCCACUCCUAUACAGUCUUGCAUUCUCUACCAUAUCCGUUUUCAUCCUCAUCUCUGGAGUCCUCCCUGACAUCUCCGACCAGUUUGAAAUCGUAGAAUUCACGGCCGAUUACCGUUUGCUGGUGUUCCAGGUUCUAGUAGGAGACAUGGUUUCUGCAUUCAUCAUUGACAGGACCCUCCAAUUCCUUUUGGGAGCAGCGAAAUUAAGAGGAGCACAUUAAUCCUGCAUCAUAAAACUGUCAUGUAUUGUUAUGGCUGGGACUACACAGACUGUAGGGCCUCAAAUUAUUCACUGUGUGGAUAUUGGUGAUGUCGUGAAGCAAUGCAAAGAUAUUUUCAUAUGCAACAAGUGAAUGUCAAAACUCAAAUAGCAAAUAGCAAAUAUAUAUGAAUUGAUUUGAUAUGAUUUGAUAGAUAACAUCUAUUGUGAAAUUUUAGGGAAAUUCUUUGUGGUGAUACUUUUGUACUUGACAAAUUCAACCAUCAUUUGAUCACAUUUUAAAAUCAAGUACAGGGGACCUGUAUAUAAAGACCACUUAAGGGAGAAAAGGAAAGAGGUAUUUAUGAGCAGGUGAUCGUUAUGUGCAGAUUUGUUUAGAUAUGUGGUCUUCCUUUUAUAGUGGUCUUUAUGUGCAGGUUCCUUCGAUACAGGUUUCAAUGAAAAAUUCUAUUGAGCGGAAACAAAACUGAUCUUUCUAUACAGGUGAUUGCUAAAACAAGUUUGACUCUAUGCCAUUGCAUUAUCCAUCCUUAGAUGAUGAUGAUAAAUUACUAGAUCCACUUUUUUUAAAUAUGCUCAACGUGAUGUUGUUCAAUUUUAAAGUCAAUUUAAUUUUCUAAAUAUCUGUGUUAGAAACAUAUUUAUACUUUCUAUAGGGAGCUUUAUGUCUGCACUUCUGUGUUUGAAUCAAAUUGAAAUGAAGAUCUGAAAUUCAUUCCUAAAAAGCAACUUACAGUUUGGCAGAAAAUCUUGCUAAAAACUGAUAUGAUAGCAAGGUCACUCUGUCGGUGUGGUUUACAGCCCUGUAUUGCGCAAUAUACGGUAAUAUUUGUCAUAUCUAUGAGUGAUAUUAGAAUUUCAGACCAAAAAAAAUGAUUGAUAAUUUUCUCAUGCAUCAAUCUACAUAUUUAUUUGCCUUGCCAACGGAAGACAAUUUUAGACAAUGACUCUUUGACAUAGGGUGAUUAGGAAAUAGUGAAAAUUAGUGUAGUGUAAAUGAUGUCUUAAUGUCUCAAGAUUUAGAAUCAGUUUGUCGGAUUGGAGUGGUUUACAUAUUUAAAAGGAGAAAGAAAGGUUGGUGAUGGUCACCAAUAUUCAUUAGGUCUUUAAGUUUCUUAGAGCUUGAUUAAUUAGCUUUGAUUUUUUUUCUGCUGUAUUCAUUCACAAUUCAGGGUACGCUGUAUGGGAUACAUGUUAAUCGAUGUCUAAUAGACCACUUUACUGACAUAUCCAAAUUCUAUACAUAUAUCUUAAAGACACUCGGUAGUUUUCCACCCAUUCCCCCACAUGGUAAAGUCAUUAUCUCACUUUUCCCUCACCUGGAGAACUCCGAGAGACGAGGGGGUAUUCCUCAAAUGGCCUACGGGUCCGCUAUGUGUAGACCUAAUACCUGUACACACGUUAAUGAUUUUUAUCCACCAAGUCUGGUGUCGGCGAAUUAUGGCCUUCUGCACAUGGAAACUGACGAGUGACUCCCUUUAAAGUAAGGUUGUUCUUUACAACCGGUAAGCUUACCCCGGCCUUGCCUGACAUCGCAACAAGUACUAUGCAGACUGUAUUCCAAGUAUUGUGGUUCAUUCAUUAAUGGAAUACCUCUUCACUAGGUCCCCAGGAAAGAGACAUCCAUAAAUUUAAACAUGUUAGUAAAAUAGUCUAUUAUAAAGUGGAGAUGUAUGUUUGUUUACAGCAAGAAGGGCGUUACGGUAACUCUGUGUAAAGGAUAUUACUUAAUGCCCUUCUGGCUCCGAACAGAGUUGACAAGAUACCUCUAGCUAGUUCCAGGACUGUUUUAAUCACGGCUCCUGCUCUGUAUGUGCUAGGUGGCCCAAAAUGGGUAACGGUACUUGCAAUAAGGGUCAUGAGGUUCAUAUUUAUUGUCCAUUUCACAAUGGAAAUUUGUGUUUUUUACAUGGUAUAUGAAUACACAAAUAGACAUAUACAAUCAUACAAAAAGAGGAAUUGAAUAGAAUAGUUUUGAGUUGACAGAAAACAAAAUCAAAAUUUCGAUUUGGGUCUAUUUUCAUUUGAGUUUGGCUUCUUUCACAUCUUUUCUGCAAAUACGGGCUUGUUUUUACUCAAGCCAUGGGUGUUCUGUUUCGUGUUUGUGCAAACACGCAAGUAAAAGUAGAUUAUCUGAUUUUUCGGGAGAGAAAAGGUAAUUUAAAAACAAUGAUUAUAAGGCACUUUAAUAUUAAGCAUUCAAGAUAUACAAUGUUUAUGUCUGGCUUUGUAUUCUACGGGUUUAUGUUACUUAUUGUCCAGGUUUAUAGCUUUCUAUGUCCCUCACAGUAUUUGUCUAUCUUUCCGUCUUUUUUUCUCUCCUUCUCUUUCAAAUUUUGUAGAUGUGAUUGUUGAAAAGCAUUAUUGCUUUCAAACAUAUGAUAUUGAAUCAUGCAUUUUAAUGUUGAAAUCUAAUCUUAUUUGUAGUAAAUCAUUCCACAUGCAUGUAUAUAGAGUAUUCUUAGAUUUAGUCUUUAUUUCUCGACAGGUUAUUGCUUGUGUGUGAUCAGUAUUUUGGGCGAGACACUUUAAUUGGUUGCCAAUUUGUGGUUGCCAGUUUGAACACCACUCACUAUUAGCAUUUUAAAUUCAAAUUAAAUCUGUAUUAUUGUUAGUGCUUAGAUUUAAACGUCAGUUUGGCAAUAUGCUAGAUUCUUGUCUAGUAAUAUUAUGAAUAAUAUAUACUUGGAACAUAUGCCAACUGAAAUAUUUCUGAACAAGUAUGAAUAGGAUAUGGAAUGAUUUGGUUGAAUGGUUAUUACUGUUACAGGCUCGUGCACUAAAACUUAUUAAUCUUGACUGUUCUAAUAUUCUCACCGAUAUACUUGUAUGUGCAGAUUCAUUAAACGUUGCUAAUGCCAACAAAA